ACAACUUCAUUCAUGUUACCCACUCAUUAAUGUGUGCAUUUAGUCAAAGUGAAUGUUGUGUGACAUUUUAUGUAACAGAGAACAUGAUGUAUCUAGCAGUUUUCACCAUUUUGUCUACAGCAUUUGUGAAUGUAUUUUGCUUUAAUUUGGAUACAUUAAAUCCAAUUGUAUAUGAAGACUUUCUGAGCAAAGGAUCUGGAAGAAGCAGCUACUUUGGGUACAGUAUUGUUCUGGAUUCUGGAUCUCCACCCUGGAUUCUUAUUGGUGCUCCUCGUGCCAAUUUUAGUCACUAUGUCAAUGUGACUGAACCUGGAGUAACUGUUCGGUGUGCCAUUGCUGGAAGUUGUACAACAGUGCUUCUUGAUAGUGUUGGAAAUGAAGAACCUGAUUUUGUGGGUGAGAAACUACCAUGGGAUCAUAAAGAUAAAGCAUGGAUAGGUGUUUCAAUGGAUAUAGAACAAGGACAGCAUGUAGGCAAGACUGUGGUGUGCGGUCACAGGUGGAAAGAUCAAUCAUUUCUCAAGGCUAACAAACAAUUGUUUAUGCCUGGGGUAUGCUACUGGAUGGAGUCCCCGUAUGAGUCAGCUUCUAAACUUUUGCCACUUAAACGUCCUUAUUUGGUUGAAAAACAAGGUGUGAAGCAAUAUCAGUUUGGUAUGGGUCAGGCUGGUUCAUCAGUCCACUUAGCUCGAAUCACCGAUAACCAGAAUGGCUCAAAAUUGCUGAUUGGUGCACCUGGUGCAUACUCAUGGGAAGGAACUAAUGUAAUCUGUGAAGAUGGAAGUGACUUUAGCUUUGGAAGACAAAAGCGGGCAGCUGAACCGAAUUCAUUUAGUAAUUGCAAUACCAUCAAGAGAAAUACUCUACUUAAAGGAGACCAAACAUUCCCUUACAUUGGAUACAGUGUCUCUUCUGGAAAAUUCUUUGAUUGUCCAGAACUUCUGUUCGUGUCAAGUGCUCCAAGAUCUUACCUCAAGGGUGCUGUUAUCAUAUUCAAAUCCUUCUCAUCUAGUCAACAGCAAAUUAUUGAUACAUUAAGAGGAGAAACAGUAACUGAAUAUUUUGGAGCAAGCAUCACUGUCUGUGAUGUAAAUGGUGAUGGCCUUGAUGAACUGAUAGUUGGAGCUCCAUUCUUCUCUGUCAAUAAGGAUGAAGGCCGCAUAUAUGUGUUUACAAGAAGUAACAGUAUGAAGUCUAUGAAGCUGUAUCAGAAAAUUGAUGGUCAGAAUUCUGGAGGUCAGUUUGGUUUAGCAGUUACAUCUCUAGGUCAACUGAAUCGAGAUGAAUGUGAUGAUGUAGCUGUUGGUGCUCCUUAUGAAGACAAUGGACGUGGUGCAGUAUACAUCUAUAAUGGAGGUUAUGAAAGUCUGAAAUUGUCACAAAAAAUUACUGCUUCCCUUAUUUAUCCACAUCUUCGAGGUUUUGGCAUUAGUCUUUCAAAUGCAGCAGACAUAGACAGUAAUGGUAUUAAAGAUGUGGCAGUUGGGUCAUAUUUAUCUGGACAUGCAGUAAUAUUAAGAGCAUCACCUGUGGUAAUACUCAAGGCUGAAAUUUUCUCAACUACAUAUCUGAUUCAAAGGACAACAAAGACAUUUGUUGUGCAUCCAGCUAUAAAAUGCACUGGUUGUGAAGAUGCUCACAUAUUUUCAGUCAACUUGAAGCUGAAAGUGGAUACAAAAUAUGAUCAAGCAUUUGUAGAUAAGCAAAUGAGCAGUCAUGAGUUUAAUCAGAAGCUACAAUUUGCAGGACAUUCAUCAAAAAACACAUACGUUGACAUAUUUAUCAAGGAGGAUCCAGAUACCCUAAAAGAUAUUGAACUCAAUUUAUUAAUUGAAAUGGAAAAUAAAACUGGAAACACUAUUGUGAUACGAAAGGAUAAACGAGAAGGGGAAGAUGCUUUCUGCAAGAACUGUACAGUGGUGGAUGAGUCUCAGUCUCAGCUGAAAGAUACAAAAAUAGUUAAAUUUGUUAAUGCCUGUGGAAAAGAUGAAAAGUGUGAUGCAUGUUUGCAGAUGGCAUGCUCUGUUAAGAAUCCCAGAUUUGGUGGAAACAAUGUUUAUAUUGUUGGUUCAGAAGGUCUAAUAUCAUUGGAAGUGAUGCUUCACAAUGGUUGUGAGCCAGCUUAUUCAGUUACCUUGACAGUUGAAAGUGAAGCAUUAAUUGAACCAGCAAAGAUACCAAAACUAUGUAAACAAACAAUAGAUCUAGAAAUUGUGUGUGAUAUUGGAAAUGUAUAUAAUGACACCAUAGUGGCAAAAAAUCUUACUGUGGAAUUUGAUGUAAUGAGUGUAACAAAAUAUGCCUUUAUAAAUGAAAAUGCUACAAUGCUGACAUUUUCAAUCAUUGUAAAUACAACAAGUAAUGACAUAAACAAUACAACACAGUGCUCAACUGUGGUACAAUUGGAAAGAGAAGCAAACAUAAAGAUCUCAGGCUUAUCAAAACCAGACUAUCUUUUGCUGAAAGAUUCAGAUCAACAUGUGCGACAUUUAUAUAAGGCAGUAAAAGAAGGCCCAACACCUGUGAAGGAAGUACAUUUUACAAUUGAUGUACCAACACAUUACAUAGCAGAUAAUGGGAAAAGUGUUGAAUUUCUUAGAAUCCAACCAGUUCAGUUUUAUCAGAAUGGCAAAGAAGUUUUAUGCAGGCAGCCAGAUCAAGAAAAGGUGAUGAGGAACACAGUACAGAAGGUUCCAGUACGUGAUCAGACAAUAUUGGUCAGAGUGAAGAAAUCUACUACUCUUCAAGAGGAACAUACACUAAAUAAAAAUAUGAACACAGCUUCUGAAAAUAAGACAUUGUUCUUAAACUGUUCUUCUUCAAAUGUCAGAUGUCAGAAAGUAAUCUGCAGUGCAUCUGAAAUGUGGAAUCAAAAUGCAUACUUUGAUGUUCCUGUUGACUUAGUGUUCAAUGCAUCCUCACUAAAGCCACUGAUGGGGGCUAAAAGUACAGUACUGUUUUCCACUACUGCAAAUGCUGAGCUUUCAUUGUCUAAGGACAUGCUUGUGAUGUCAGGCAGAAAAUCAGUAUCCACAGUAAUAGUGGCAGAUAAGCCCUAUGAAUCAGUGGCAGUCUGGAUAAUUAUACUUGCAAUCAUUGGUGGCAUUCUACUUCUGUGUUUGUUAAUAUUUGGCAUGAAAAAGGCUGGAUUCUUUAGAAGAAAGAAGAAGGAACUGCUGCUUCAAGGAUCUCUGCAAAAGGAAGCAGUAGGUGAAACUGCAAAUGAAUAGAAAGUAUUUAAGGACAUCUAUGGGCAACUAAGACAUUUCUGUACCACAAGAUUUUAUAAUAGCAAAACUUAAUAAUUGUAUAUUUAGAUACACUGUUCAUUGUAUUAUUUUAAGGAAUUAUUGGUAUAUCUUCCUGUUUACUGUGUCAGUACAAAUCUCAGUUUAAAUUUGUUCAGUGUGUGUCACAGAUACACAGAAACAAAAUCCAUAGCUGAAUAUUCCUUUAUAAAGAAAUCAGCAAUCUGUGUUAUUUAAACCACAAAUAUGAGUAAAUGUAGCUAAAAUCUGAUCAAAAUUACUUAAGGAUCAACAGUUUGGCAUGAUUACAUGGAGAUACGGAAAUGAAUCACUACAUCUUGCAUGGAAUACACGUAUGGUUGUAUUUCAUUAAACUUGCUCAGACUCAUAAACAAUUCACUUUACAAAGACUGUACUGGCAUCAGUGUAUUCUGCAAGAGCAGUAUUAUCUUUCCAUUUUAGUUUUCUUGUGGCAACAAAUUUUAAGAUGAUAUACUGAAAGUUUAUGAAAAUUUAUUUCCUGAUGAUGUUACUGAAUUUUUAUAUGCAAAAAAUAUUUUGUUAUUGACUUUAGGUGAAAUCACCAUUCAAAAGAAAUCAUAAGAAGUACAUUAUAUUUUGAUUUGCUUGAAAUUGGAACUCUUUCAGAGAUCUCUAACAUGAAAUAAUUUGAGACAUAUGAUGCAUGAUGCUGGACUCACUUAACGGUCACCUGUCUGGUUUCAUUGCAAGAAACAGAUUGCUUGGUUUAAAGUGAACCUGCUUUUAGUUUUCUGAUCAACCUUCUACUUAACUGAAACAUAAUAAAAAAAGUUAUGCCUAACAGUCAAGCCAAAGGAACUUAAUGGUUUGAAAAACAAGAGCAAUAAUGAUAACAAAAUAUUCCACCUCAUUAUUGCAAAAAUUAUAAGGCAAACAAGCAAUAGGGUUCACUGUGUGAUUACAACUGUUACUCAGAUGAACUUUAUUCAGAUUUAGUUUUUGAUAAUGUUUUUUUUUUUUAUUAAUGUUCAAAGUUUAUGGAAAUGUAAUUUUGCUAUUUGAUUUGGUUCUGUGUCAGUUCUGUUGGGUCUAAAAGGCAGUGACACAUUGACAUCCUAAUGACUGUGUCCCUGUAUGGUAUUCUCAGAAUGUGAAUGUCAUGUAUGAGAAACUAUGGUUUUUGGAAAGGUAAGAGAUCAAUAAGCUCCAUUAUUUAAAAUUUGGUACUAAUUUUGACAUUUUGAUGCUGCAACAACAGUUGUUGAUAGUGUAGGCAUAUAACACAUAAACCGCUCCUCUCAACUGACAUGGUAUGCCAAUCCUCUGGCCAAGAGAGUGACAUAAAACAUUUUCAUGAAGAAACAUAUGAUGAAUUUCCUUCUGAUAUUGUUCAGCAUCACUCAAUACACAACUAAUAGCAGUAAUAACUGAUAAAAUAAAAACUCUUCAAGUUUAAGAAUUUGAAACAAAUGAAAUCUCAGACUUCAACUUACAAUACCACUGAAUAGCAAGCUGCCUAAAUCUGCAGCAAAUUGCAAGUGAAAAAUGUCAUGAUGGGGUAGUUAAGGUUUAGCAACAGCUGGUGGUUGUUCUGGCUAAAAGUCUUUUGGGAUGGCUGAAGGUGUACCACAUCUUCCUUGCGAGCCUCAUCUUUCUCCUUACUUCACAGCUGUCAGUCCUGAAGCAAUUUUGAGCAGAAUAUUAUCAAAUGAUUUGUUCUUGAAGAAGGUAGAAAAUCUUGUUGUAACCUCCCAUGAUUAAUAACAGAAAGAGAAAACUGGUUGAAAAUGUUCAGAGAAACAGCAUGUUAAACACAGUGAAUUGAUGAAAAAACAUACAUCCGUAACAAAAAAGUCACAAAUGAUUGUAAGUUUGUCAUUGUCAUUAGGUGAUAAGUGGUUAUUCAUGGUGGAGCAACUAACUAUAUAUACCAUAAAAUAAUUGAGAUACACGGUGUCCAUAAUUGAUCUACAUGUUGUAAAUUUUAUUUUAGUAUCUCAUCUCAAAUGACACAAUUUGUAGCACAUAUAAUCAACACACAGUUAUAAAAUAUCAAAUAGUAAAAAUAUAUAUAUUUAAAUAUGUACAAUCUCUAAUAACUGAGAUACAUAAAUUUGAAAGGAACCUACUUCCAUAAACGGAAAAUAUUUCUAUAGCUGUAUCGGUAAUGUAAAUUGUCUCAGUCCAUAUCCCUGAAGAUCCUUUUCCAACUAACAUUUGAUUAGGAUGCUUACCCUAGCACAGUGACAAAAUGAAUGACUACUUAAUAGCUCCAGAAUAUAUGUAACUGACAAAUACUUUUAUAUUGUUAAUUCAUUUAAGAAUAAAAUCUUUCUUAGUAUUAAAAUUCAGUUGCAGUUGAUUGUUCCUGUAUGCCCAUGUUUAGGAGGUGUAGUGUGUUUACUUUAAAUGUCUAAACCCCACAUUAUGUGAUCUUGUUAAUAGUAGCUAGUGCAAUGUAUUACUCCUGUAAAAGGCAGUAUGUAACAACAAUGAUAUGAUUGUGACUGAUGUAAUAACCAUGAGAAAUAACAAUCAGCAAUCAUGUAGAACCCCCUAAAUGCUGACUACUAGGUAACUAGUGUUUGUGAAAUGUGUAUAGGAGUCAGACAUCUCCUGUUCAAUUCAAGCUCUUCAGGGAGAUGAUUUAGCUAUAAUCUAUCAUGGUAUAUUCUAAUUGGAAGUAGCUGACUUAACAAAUUAUGCCAUAUAAACAUUAUUUAUCCCGCAGACACCCUGGGACAAUUUCUUAUUGUAGUUUUCAGAUGUAAUGGAAUGGACAUGUUUUUGCAUAAAUAGGGAUGAUUUAUGACUUUAAAAGGUCUUAUUAAUAUUAAUUUUAGAAUUACAGCACAAUCACAGUAGCAUAUCACAUGGUGUCAAUUAACUGUUCAUCAUCUUCAGACUGUUAAUAAAUAAAAAGAAGAGACAAAGAAUUUUAAAGAAUCUAUAAAGUCUAUUAAAUAAAAUUAAUUGUAAUUAGCUUUUUCUAGUGUGAAAUUAUGAUCCAAUUGUUAUGAAAAUGUAAAUGUAUAUGUGACAGAGGCCACAAAGGACUUGUUAAAAACAUCAUUAACCUUAAAAAUGCACCAGCAUAUUGUACUGAUUUUAAAUUAUUAUUUCUGGAUACUGUAUUUACCCAAUUAUAAGAUGAGGUUUUCUCCCUAAUUAAUCAUUCAAAAAAUACAAGUUGGUCUUGUAUUCACAGAUUAAACUAUUGCUGCUGAAGGUAACAUUUUUACGUUGUUUAAUAGAGUAUAUAGGGGCAUCUUUCAUUUACAGAUGAAGCUCCAAAUACUGAGGUCACAUAGGGAUUUAUUUUGAAGAAUUUGUAAGUUCAAAUGGUAUUCAUGUUUGAACAGGUUAAAGAUUUCCCUGUAUGCCAAAGCGCUAAAUACACCUUUGAAGUUGCUCACACAGUCACAUGGCAUAUGGCUCAAGCACCAGUAGUGCAAGGGAUAUGUAAGAAACAAUCAACUAACAACGACAAUAAUCUAUUGCUCUGUGUAGAAUUUGACAAAACACAGGAGGAAAUAGCAGUACAUUCUAACUACCAUGUUACAGACUGUUGUUAUAUUUGAACAAGUUUGCAACAAGUGUUCUCAAACAUGUAUGGAUACUGUAAACAAACAUUAAUGCUAAUUUUUAAAUAAAGGUAGCAUUCAAAAGCAGAAA